AUGACGAACAAUUUGCUCAGCAUGCACGAUUUAGAACAAAACGGCCUGUGCCUGGACACAAGAAUGAACAUUUUGUAUUCCACGAACCAGACCGCCAAAGCACAUGUUAUUAUGCAUGACUCGUUCCGCUGGCUAUCUUUCCGUCAUAUAGUCUUCCCACCCAAUGUCCCACCGAAACGGUCAAUUCUCUCCUCACAAAACGCGCUUAUCCAUAGACUACUUGGUCAUAUCAAUGUUCAGUCGCUUUACAAAUCCAUUAAGAAUAAAACAUUCCAACACCUCGAACUUUCCGACAUCGACUGGGGCAACCUAGCUCAGUUCCAAUGUGUGGACUGCCUACAAGGCAAAAGUCGUCAACACUCACAUAUCGUUGGUUCCAGGGUUAAACAUCAAGAAAAAUAUUCCAACUUUGAAUACCUACACUCCGAUUUACUCGGACCGAUUUCUUCUCCAAGCACGAACACCAAAGCGUGGUUCAUCUCAUUUACUGAUGAAACCACCAGAUACCGUUGGGUCUACAAAAUAACUGACAAGCGUGACACUACCAUCCUACAUAUCCUAAAAUCAUUGAUUGGCUACAUCCGCAAUCAAUUCAAAGGAAAUGUACUGGCUUUCCAAUUCGACCGGGGCAGUGAGUUUACGAACAACAUCGUCCGCACCUAUCUCGCUGAAAACGGUAUAUCCACAUUAUACACCUCCGUAGGUGACCAUCAAUCAAACGGUGUAGCCGAACGUCUCAACCUAACGUUGAUGAACGACUGCCGCACUCUGCUGAAAACUACCAAUUUACCUUACCACUUAUGGUUCUACGCUGUCCAAUUUGCUACUCUGCUCAGAAACUCAGUUUACAACGACACAUUACAAUCUUCUGCUCGUGCCAAGGCUGGUCUACCCGGAAUUGAUGUCAAAAGCAUCCUUCCAUUUGGUCAACCUGUCAUCGCGCACUUCACGAAGCUUAAAACGAAAUUAAGAUACAGAGGUGAACAAGGAUUUGCACUCGUCCCAUCAGAUAACUCCUGCGGAUACCAUAUCUACAUACCCAAGACCGGUGCGGUGGUUGACAGCACUAACUAUGCUGUUAUUCGAUCAAAUAUCCAAAUAAAUUCCAAAGAAGACUACGAUGACACCAUAUUUGAUGAUGUUAUCGAUAAACUAACCGAUGCUGCUGCCCAGACCACUUCUGACUUCGAUGAUGAAAUGUUAUCACCUCAUCAGCCAACUGAAACAACAACGUUGCCCACUUUUCCAGAUAGUAAUGCUGCUAUGCCAUUGGAUCCUCAUAUCCUUCCUACCGACACGGACACCCUUAGGGUGGUACCUCCUGCGCGCAAUUUACCGGAUGAUGAUCCUGACGCUACUGAUAUUGAACCCAUCACCAAUGAGGACCCUUUAAAUGAGCUCGAUGAAAACAUCAACAUCGAUCCUCAAUUACUAGCAAUUAACCAUGAUGUUCCAUCUACUGAGCAAACAUCACCUUCUGACGCUACCACCGACCAUACGUCGCCUAGUUCCACUUUGGGUGGUAGAUUAAAUGAGGAACAAUCCGCUCUCCUAUCAAGGAUCAAAAGAAAAAGAAUAGAAAAUCAGGAUGAUGAAAGUGAAACUGAGGACGACCCAAAGGAUGCAAAGAAACACAAGUUUAGCAUCAACUAUACUCAGGUAAUUAAAACGAUAACAAAUAAUGUAAACACGAAGAACAGAUCGAUAUUUUACCAUCAAGCCAUACAAUACAACAGGAAUGUGGAGGAAAAUAAACUGUUCACAGAGGCAUACAAUAAAGAAGUCAAUCAGCUGAAAAAGAUGAAUACCUGGGAAGAGAAUGCAAUAGAUAUCUCCGACGUCCCAAAGCAAAACGUUAUAAACGCUAUGUUCAUUUUCACGGUUACGAGAGACGGAACACACAAGUGCAGGUUUGUGGCACGAGGUGACCAACAAGACCCGUUAACAUUCCAGCAAGACCUAAAGUCCAAUACCAUUCAUCAUUACGCCCUGAUGAGUGCAUUAGCUAUGUCCCUUGACAACGGUUAUCAGAUUAUCCAAAUGGAUAUUUCUUCUGCUUACUUGUAUGCAGAUCUAAAGGAAGAUCUAUACAUUCGAACACCCCCACAUUAUGGAAUGUCGAAUAAAGUGUUCAAGCCCAAAAAAUCAUUGUAUGGGCUGAAACAAUCUGGCGCCAACUGGUACCAAAAAAUUAAGGAAUUUCUAAUAACAAAUUGUCAACUUAAGGAAGUACCAGGAUGGCUAUGUGUAUUCCACAAGGAAGAAGACGGUAAAAUAAUUAUAAUAUGUCUAUUCGUGGACGACAUGAUAACCAUGACUAAUAGUAAUGAAUACGCCACAUCUACUAUACUAACUAUCAAGGAGAAAUUUGACACUAAAUUUAUAAACGACGGUAUAGGGAGUGAAGAAAUAAGCUACGAUAUUUUAGGAAUAGAAAUAAAAUACAAAAGAAACCAUUACAUGAAAUUAGGCAUGGAAACAAGCCUAUCCAAGAAGUUACCAGAAUUGGGAAUAAAUCUACAAACAAAAAGAAAAGUUCCUGGUACACCCCACGAAAUCGUGAACGAAGACAAGGACUUGGAAGUGACUCAAGAAGAGUACAAGAAAAAAAUUAAAUGGAUGCAGAAAAUGAUAGGUCUAGCGUCAUAUGUUGCUUACAAAUACAGAUUCGAUCUCCUCUNNNAGUACGUGAACACAUUGGCAAGAUACACAUUGUAUCCAUCUAACCAGGUAAUAAGUCUGACAAAACAGUUAAUACAAUACUUAUGGUGCACAAAGGAAAAACAAUUACUCUGGAAAAAGUCUGAAUUCCAAGAGUUUGACACCAACUACUUAUCGGCUAUAACAGACGCGUCCCUUGCUAACCAAAAAAAUUUAAAAUCCCAAUUUGGAAAUAUCUACCUACUAAACGGAAAAAUUAUAGGAGCAAAAUCUUCCAAAUCAACACUGACUUGUACAUCCUCCACUGAAGCUGAACUAUUUGCUGUGACAGAAUCAAUCCCACGAUUACAAAACAUAAGAUUACUCAUAGAAACCAUAUCUAACCUCCAAGUGAAAUGCCUGAUCAUAAACUAUAAUAUGCCAUGCAUUACAUCUAUCAAAGAAGGAGAUACUUCGAUGGUAAAAGGUAAAUUCUACGGAACAAAGUUACUAAGAACAAAAGAAGAAAUCGACAAUAAUAACUUAAACAUAGAAUACAUUAACACGAAGAAGAAUAUUGCCGAUGUGCUAACGAAACCUUUACCUGUUGCAGACUUUCAAAGAAUAUCUAAGAUGAUAGUAGAUUAA